UCAGCCUCCGCCUCUACUCAUCAUGGACCCCACCUGCUCCUGUGCCACAGAUGGAUCCUGCUCUUGCGCCAGGUCUUGCAGAUGCAAACAGUGCAAAUGCACCACCUGCAAGAAAAACUGCUGCUCCUGUUGUCCCGUGGGCUGUGCGAAGUGCUCCCAGGGCUGCAUCUGCAGAGAAGCUUCGGACAAGUGCAGCUGCUACGUCUGA